AUGUUUUCUACGCCACGAAAAAGUUCCAGUGUAAAAAGGAACUCUUUGCUUCCUGCUAUGCCGUCGCCAAUGACAAUGAUUACAAGAAGACGCUCAUUGAUGACUUCAAAUAGCAACUUAGAUAACAGUUUGCCUCAAGAAACCGCUGCAACUCUAUUAAAAGACAACAAGGACACACCAAAAACACCCUCAAAUUCAAAGAAAUGUAUUGAUAUUCAGAAAAAAACAGUACUUGAUCCUAUUUUCAAUAAAAUCCAACGAGAUUUAAACAGCCCUUCAGCAACAGCCCGAAUCAGAGCAAAUAAAGCUUUAAAAUGUCAAUCAUUCAGGAAAGCAAAUUAUGGCGCAUUUGACGUUCCUCACGAACAACAGGAUAUUCUCACAACAGAGGAACGAAAGUCUUAUAAACCUAAAACAAUAAGUGAAGUAUUUAAAAAUUGUAGAAUCUAUGUGGAAGUUCGAACGGGGGACGAUAACAGAUCUGCUGGCAUAAAAAAUCGUCUCAUUCGUGAUGGAAUUGCUGUCAAUGAAAAGCUCUAUAAGGAUACGACCCAUGUCAUUUUCAAAGACGGUCUUCUUUCUACUUACAAGAAUGCGAAGAAAAUGGGCAUACCAAUAACAACAAUUCUGUGGAUUGAUGCUUGUGUAAAUCAACAUCGAUUAGUAGAGACAGAAAAAUUUAAAAUUUCGAAUUUAGAUCGUUAUGAACAUCCGGAGCUCUACAAACGCAUUCGCCGUCAGAAAUCAAUGCAACCAGAGAACAAAGUCAAUUACGAUAUUCAUAAUAUUAAAGCUGCAACGCAAGAAGAUACUCGCAAUGAAACGAUUUUUGAAAUUAUGGAAGGGAUUGCUGAAGGAGAAGAACAAGAACAAGAAUCAGUCAUGGAAUUAACUCUCCAAAGUGAGAGAACUUUAGUUAAUACACCAAAAGCAAUGGAAUUAGAAGGAAUUGAUAGUGGUCUAGAGAAAUGGAAAGAAAACAUUCGACGUUUCACAACUUUCACUCCAAAUGCGAUGGAACAAACAAAUAUUGCAGCAAAUCGACGAAAAACUCUUUUUUUCACUCCACAAAUAUCACAAGAAAAGACUGAAGAUGAAGUUUUAACACCAGAAGGGUUCAGUGCAAAUUCUAGUAAAACUGUUGUGUUCAAUUCGACAAAUCGUAUCGCUAAGUUAAGUCGUCGUAGUGUUUAUGAUAUGUCCAUAAAUAUUCUUGAUAUUAAUUGUAAAUCAUUAAAUAAGAAGGAAGAUCUUCAAUCAAAUCUUCUCAGAAAUUUAGCUUCAAUUUCCAAAGCAACUGAUUCUCAAACGAAAAGGAUUGACACAACUCAACAAGCAACACCAGCCAUUAUCAAAAAACGACAACUUUUCUCUGCUGAAGUUGAUUAUGAACUUGAAGUGGAAAAAGAGAAUCAAAGUAAAAUAACUGAUGAUGUCUUGGAGAAUCCUAAAAAGAAAAAGAAACUUAUGAGCCGCGAAUGCAUCACACCAAACAUAACAUCGAAAAAACCAAAAGUAAAAGAAAAUCGUCGUCGAACUGUUGACCUUUACUUCAAACCAGAAAAAUCUAAGGAAAUUCCAUUGAAAACAACAAGAACGCCGUCAAAAGUUAGUCAAAGCUUCAAAUACGUUGUUUGCACAAAUAUGUCACAAUGCGAUAAACAAAUUAUUCAAGCUGCGAUUACAACACUCGGAGGAAAAAUAGAAUCUGAAGUCACACAUCGAACGACUCAUGUUGUCACUCCAAACAUUGAGAGAACGAUGAACGUUCUACGAGGAGUUAUCAGAGCUUGUGUGAUUGUUAAUGUUAAUUGGAUCCAUGAAUCUAUUGCACGUAACAAAUGGCUCGACACAACUAUAUAUCAACAUGAAAUUUGUGAUUCCAACAAAGUCUUUGAGCGCUCAUUUCUCGGAACAAAGAACUAUAAAAAUUUGACAUUCGCUAAUCGUGGACUAUUUUUCUUAAAUAUCGAUGGAAUUGACAACAAAAAAAAAGUUGAGUAUUUAAGGGAGGUCAUCUUAUUGUGCUCUGGUUCAAUAACAGAAAAGUUAUCAGAUGCUUCAAUAAUUGUAAGUGAACAGCCAGUUGCUUGUGAGAUAAAACAGAAUGUCGUGAUACCAACUCAUAUAUUCGAUUCUGCCAUGAAAGGAGCUUUUCAAGAUCCUUCUCUCUACACACCAAAAAAGCAACAACAGAAAUUAAAUUCUCUUUUGUAA